GAGCUACACUCGCUGAUGCGAAAUCAAAAUGAAGUAACUGUUCAUUCGACAUCAAGAUUCGAAAGCGCUAAGGUGGUAAAAUGCGUAGAAGAUAUACUUACUAAUGCUCCUUGCUUGAAUGGAGUCUGCUGAUACUGAAUUUAAGGCUCCAAGUCAGAUCGGUGACCGAUCAACCAGUGAUGUUGUUGUAAGGCUACGAACACAGGAAGGCCGAGAUGAAUGGUUAUAUUGUCACUCUCACAUCCUUGUGGAUAAAUGCAAGUAUUUUGCUGACCGCCUCUCUGAGAAUUGGCCCACAUGCCAGAUCCUUGAUUCACGCAACUGUGUUGAAGUUUACUGCCAAGAGUCAGACUUUGAUUACCAUGUCAAGGUUCUUCGUCUUCUCUAUGUUGUUACUGAUGGCUCAGUGGAUGAUAUGUGGUGUGGUGUGAGGAAUGCUGUUGGCAUACUCCGGGUGGCUGCUGUGCUUGAUUGCCCACAAAUUGUUGCUGCUUGUUUUAACUACCUGGAAGCAGUUCCUUGGGAAGAGGGUGAGGAGGAGGAAAUUCUAAGAAUCAUACCAAGCAUGGGAGCACAAGCCGAGCCUGUUCUUGCCCGUCUGCAGCCGGUCAAUCCAUCUGCUAUUAGGGGGCUAUUUUUGUCAGCCAUUCGGUUAGCCACAUCAUCACCUCUUUCACACUUGAAAGACCUAAAAUCAACUGCCCAAGAGCAGCUUGAAUACAUGAUCACUGAAGAUGAUGAUGGCCCUAUAUUAACAACUGAUGACGAGAUAAAAUCUGAGGUAAAAGAAUGCGUAAAAAUUCUGUUUACGGGGUUUAGCAACCUAUUAGAAGCUAUGUUAUGUGAUCACAUACAUUCUAAUUCUGAAGAAGAGAAACUGCAAUUGUUUAAAUCCCAUCUAUCAGAUUUGUUGUGGGCUUGUCAGAUAUUAACUAAGAUGGAAAUUAUGAGGGAAUUCGUUGGCAGUUGGGUGGAUGCAUCAGAUAAGAUAGUUAAGGUCGUUCAGCAAGAACGAUCAACAGCUGAAAUGGUUGAGACAAAAUAUAAAGUGAUUGAGGUGGCAUCCAAAGUCCUUGAAACCAUAGGAUAUGGCACUGUCAUUCUGCCAACUACUAAAAGGCUUCACAUGUUGAAGGUGUGGCUUCCAUUUGUGAGGGUUACAAAACCUCUGGUUGAUUCUUUAACUGCCAAUGAUGAGGAUACAGUUGAAUUUAAAAUCGAUGGUGAACUUUGGCAGUCCUUGGAAUCCACAUUUGUCUCAAUAGUUCUUGCAUUACCUUCCAUGGAUCAGGCUGAGAUUUUGUCAGAAUGGCUGGAAAAUGAGCACAUAAAGUAUCCAGACUUGACCGAGGCAUUUGAGGUCUGGUGUUAUCGGUCCAAAGUUGCCAAGAGAAGACUAACGUUAUACGGAGGAAGCCUGGUAUGACCAACAACACUGUUGACUUUUUUGCAGCAUUUUAUUAGGCAAUGAUUCAGGCACCUCUUGCUAAAACGAAGCUUUGAGAACUCCACUUUUUUUUUUUCGUUCUUAUUGCAUAUAGUAUAGGGCAUUUCCUAGUAGGUCAUUUCCUAGAAGGGAAAAGUGUCCAAAAUGAGAUUUGUAGAAUUUGAUGGUCCUUUGAACUCUUUUCCAAUACGUAACUGAAAUAACAUAUCUUCAACCUUCAGCCUAUAGGUCUGUACAUCAUGUGAUGAUAGCUCUCGCUUAAUUGUAUAAGUUGUAAUUUUCAAGGUGAUUAAUUUCAGAGAAGCUGUAUA